UUUAUCCCUGUGUCUGUCUGGUUAUAUUCAUAGAAAGUCAAUAUCGUGCGUGAUGUUGAAUGAUGAUUUUGCACAAUUCGUCUAAUAUUUUGUGCUCCUACUUCGGUGAAAUAAUAAGUUCAGUUCGGCAUUCUUUGUUUUACUCGCUUUUGAAAAAUUCUUGCUUUGUUUAUGAAAACGACCGUGACGAAUCAUAACAUAACCAAAAUCAGUCGUCAAAUUUUUACCUCGUAAUAAAAAUUUGCCGGUAACUGUUAGCCGGAUUAUCAUAAUCUACGAAAAAAUAGAAAGCACUGUCGAAAUGGAUAACGAAACUGUUGAUAACGCUGGCAGUCAAGCUGAUUUCAUUCAGAAUGAGCUCAACUUUGAUGUUGACCUGAAAGAUCCUUUAACAAAAGCUACGCUUGAAGAUCACGAAGAAGAUGAAUGGAUGGAUGUACUAGGUGUUGGUCAAUUGAAAAAGAAGGUAGUCAAAGCUGGACAGAAAGGAACAAGGCCAAAUCGGUCAGAUAUUUGUAGCAUUAAUCUGACUGGAAAAUUGGAAGAUGGAACUGUCGUUGAAAAGUAUGAAAAAUUCACCAUUCAAUUGGGAGAUGUCGAAGUGAUACAGGGACUAGAUUUGGUUAUUGCAUUAAUGGAUGUUGAAGAAGUUGCUGAAGUUGAAGUUGAAGCUCGGUUUGGUUAUGGCGACCUAGGAAGGGAACCAGACAUACCUGGUGGUGCUAAACUUUUUUAUACUAUCGAGUUGCUGUCUGUUGAAAUGGAACCAGAAAUUGAAACCUUGGGAAUUGCUCAAAGGAAAAAUAUUGGGAAUAAAAAACGGGAGCGAGGAAAUUGGUGGUAUUCUCGAGAUGAAGCAUCGCUUGCAGUUCAAUGCUAUAGAAGAGCUUUGGAUUAUUUGGAUGAAACUAAAGGUGGGAUAAAUUAUCCCCAGGGUGAUCAGGAAGAGUCUAUAAGUAACGCAGACCUCCAAGCUUUGCUAGAAGAUCGUAUGAAAGUUUGUAAUAACCUAGCAGCAGCGCAAAUGAAAACAGAGGCAUAUGACGCAGCAUUGAAAAGUGUGGAAAAUGUCCUGAGAUGUCAGCCAAAAAAUGUCAAGGCGUUGUUUAGGAAAGGUAAAAUUUUACAACAUAAAGGGGAACGUGCUGCUGCCUAUGCAAUUUUGCUACAAGCUGCAAAACUGGAUCCCGACUCGAAAGCAAUCCAGCAAGAAUUGGCUAUUUUGAAAGAAAAAACAGCCAAAGAUGCCAAACAUGAAAAAAAUUUGUACAAAAAGAUGCUCGGAACAGACAAGCAAAAUGGUUCGCCAAACAAAAACACCAAUAAUCAAAACCCAAAGACUACACCUUCCACUAUAGCAUGGAGUUUGAUUGGAGGGGCUGUUGCUGCUAUAGCAGGAGUUAUUGUGUACAGGAAAAUUAGCUGCAGUUGACUAAAUGAAUUGACGACAUUAGUGCGAUUGGAUUUUUUGGAGAUAUCACUGCUUGGCGAGAAGAGUCUUGUGCAAUUGCGCAUAUGAAACUGAGUACUCUGUGUUGCUUGAGAAGUUUUCGUUUAAAGUGGAGUUAUACUGGAUAACUAAACUGUCGUUAAAUUCAAUGUUAUAGACUGACUAUUGAGUGAUAAAACUAAUACAAUACUUGUUAAAUAAUAGGCAUCUUAGAAUUAAAUCAAGUGUGAAUAUUAAUUAACCAAAUAAAUCAUUGAUUAAAUUUAA